ACCUGAGCGCGAGCAGAGACAAACGCUACAUUCCGCCACCUCCUCUCCCAAAGGCUCGCCCUCCCCGGCUCCCCCUCGUAUCUUCGCCGUCGGCGAUCAAAAUGGCGGUGCCCAUGUCCGCCAUCGAGUCCGCGUGGCAGAUCUCUGUCUCUCUCUGCUCUUCCUCGCCGGGCGAAACGUAACGGAAAUGAAUGCAGCUCCUGAUCGCCAACUUCACCGAGUUCCAGCUCGCCACCGUCAUCACCUUCCUGCUCCACGAGACCGUCUUCUUUCUCUCUGGCCUUCCCUCCCUCCUCUUCGAGCGCUUCGGACUCUUCGCCAAAUACAAGAUCCAGAAGAGGAGCAACACCUCUGCUUACCAAAACAGAUGUGUCUUGCGUCUUAUUCUGUACCAUGUCUCUGUGAACCUGCCUGUCAUGAUUUUGUCGUACCCUGCCUUCAAAUUCAUGGGUCUUAGGAGCUCUCUUCCUCUACCACAUUGGACGGUUGUUGUAUCUCAAGUUCUUUUCUACUUUGUCCUUGAGGAUUUUAUAUUCUACUGGGGGCACAGGGCACUGCAUACGAAAUGGCUAUACAAACAUGUUCACAGCGUCCACCACGAUCUUCUUUGCAGGUACGCCACACCCUUUGGUUUAACUUCCGAAUAUGCCCACCCAGCUGAAAUUUUGUUCCUGGGAUUCGCCACAGUUGUUGGUCCUGCUCUUACUGGCCCUCAUCUGUUCACCCUGUGGCUGUGGAUGGUGUUGAGGGUAUUGGAGACUGUUGAAGCUCACAGCGGCUAUCACUUCCCAUGGAGCCCAUCAAAUUUCCUGCCACUGUACGGUGGCUCGGACUUCCAUGACUACCAUCACCGAGUGCUGUACACAAAGUCAGGGAACUAUGCCUCGACAUUUGUUUACAUGGACUGGUUGUUCCGGACGGACAAUGGUUAUCGCAAGGCAAAGAGACCAUUGAGGAGCAAGAAGUGAAGAAGAAGAAGAAUCUGUAAAGUGUUGAAGCUGCUCAUCAACAGGACUGGCGAUAGAGUUGCGCCUCAGCAUGGAAGGAGAGAAAAUGGACGCAGUCAGUUAUUGCCUCAUUGCCUGACGACCGAUACUAUAGGCUCCUGAGAUGUUGAUUUCUCUGUGUUUUCUAUGAUCAAGAACGAGGUCCUGGCGACCUUGGUCUGUCAUGAACUGAAUUUGAUAAAAAAAAUUGUCAUAUUUUCUCGGGGGUUUU